AUGGGUGUUCAGGCACCUGAGUCCUGCCUGAAUACUGCCACCCCUUGCCACCCCUUGCUACCCUCCCACACACAGGAAGACAGUGAACAAAUUCAAAGGCCAGGCCCUGCAGCCACAGUUGUGCCUGUCUUCCACCCUUCUUGCCCACAGUCCUUCUUUGCAGAGAGAUUCUUUGCCCUGUUUGACUCUGAUGGAAGUGGCACCAUCACCCUCCAGGAGCUGCGGGACGCACUGACCCUGCUCAUCCACGGCAGCCCAUACAUCUUCCAGGUGUAUGACAUCGAUGGCAAGGGCUCUUCCUGGGUUGUGUGUGCAUGGCAGGGGGCGUCUGCAGGUACAGAGUGGGGUGCUGAGGCAGGCCCCCACUCGGCCUCAUCCCCACUCGGGACAAGCAGCGGCUCCAUCGACCCGGAGGAGCUGCGCACGGUGCUGCAGUCGUGCCUGCGCGAGAGCGCCAUCUCGCUGCCCGACGAGAAGCUGGACCAGCCGACAGCGCUGUUCUAGUCGGCGGACACGGGAGGCAGCGGGGCCAUCACCUUCGAGGAGCUCCGGGACCAGCUGCAGCCCUUCCCUGGAGUCACGGAGAACCUGACCAUCAGCGCUGCCCACUGGCUGACACCACCCACCUCCCGCCCACACCCACGCCGGCCGCGCCCACUGGCCCGAGCCUACUGGCACAACCACAGCAGCCAGCUGCUCUGCUACGCAGGCCUCCACGUGCUGCUCUUCGCGCUGGCGGCAAGCACGCACUGGGACCUCUGCACCGGCGUCAGUGGCUGCGGUCAGUGCCUUAACUUGGACUGCAGCUUCAUCGAGGUGCUGAUGCUCAGACGCUGCCUCACCUGGCUGCGAGCCACGUGGCUGGCUCAAGUCCUACCACUGGACCAGAACAUCCAGUUCCACCAGCCCAUGGGCUAUGUGGUGGUGGGACUGUCUCUCAUGCACACCAUGGCUCACAUUGUGAACUUUGCACUCCAGGCUCAGGCAGAGGCCAGCCCUUUCCAGUUCUGGGAGCUGCUGCUCACCACAAGGCCUCGAAUUGGCUGGGUGCACAGCUCAGCCUCCCCGACAGGCGUUCUGCUGCUGCUGCUCCUCCUCAUGUUCAUAUGCUCCAGCUCGGGCAUCUGCAGGAGUGGCCAUUUUGAGGUGUUCUGUUGGAGUCACCUGGCCUACCUCCUCAUGUGUAUUCUGCUCAUCCUUCAUGGGCCCAACUUCUGGAAGUGGCUGCUGGUUCCUGGAAUCUUGUUUUUCCUGGAGAAGGCCAUCGGGCUGGCAGUGUCCUACAUGGCAGCCAUGUGCAUCGUGGAAGUCAACCUCCUCCCCUCCAAGGUCACCCAUCUCCUCAUCAAGUGGCCCCCUUUCUUUCACUAUAGACCUGGGGACUACUUGUAUCUGGACAGUCCCACCAUCACUCACUGUGAGUGGCUCCCCUUUACCAUCAGCAGUGAUCCUGAGCAGAAAGACACUAUCCGGCCCCAAGGCCAGUGGACAAACAGGCUGUAUGAGUCCUUCAAGGCAUCAGACCCACUGAGCUGUGGUUCCAAGAGGCUGUCGAGGAGUGUGACAAUGAGAAAGAGUCUGAGGUUGUCCCAGGUAGGUGGUUGCUGGAGGGAAGGGGUCCACCCUGCUGGCAAGCCCACAGAGACCAAGCUGCCUCUUUCUCCUCAGUGAGUAUCAAUUAUUGAGCAACUGCUGUGUACACAAAUGGCAGCACAA